AUGGCUCAUUUUUGUGAAUUCCAGGACUUUUUCAGACUUAAUCCUUAUCACGUUAUCGGUGUAGUAGAAUCGUGGCUUUGCGAUGCUAUUGCUGAUCAGCAAGUGAACCUACCGGGGUAUGCAUUAUUGCGUGUAGAUCGUCAUAACAAACGUGGUGGAGGCGUCAUGCUUUAUGUUCGCAAAGAGCUCAAUGCUCGCUUGCUUAGUUCAUCGGCUGGUGCUGGGGAGAUUAUAUUACCUGAAUACCUCACUGCUGAAAUCUGGGGUCCCUCGCAGUAUAAAAUCUUAGUCGCUAUUGUCUAUCGUCCACCUAAGUCUGGCUACAUGAACAUUUUUGAAGACGACUUUUCUAUGAGGAUGAUUAAUUAUAAAUUUACGUGUGUACUUGGGGACUUCAAUGCUGAUCUACACGUUCGCAGUGACAAGACGGCCAGGCUGAAGGACUUUUUCACUAGAAGUGGUAUGAGCGUUGUACCGAUGCAACCUACUAAUCAUACUGCGCAAGCUAACACCUGGAUUGAUGUCUGUGCAGUUAGUCAAUUGUCUUCGCUUGAAUCUUGGGGUCAAUCAGGCCAGCCUUUUCUAUCUUCUCAUGACUUAAUUUAUAUCUGUCUUAAGUACGAGCACCCGAAGCCUGUUAGGCAUCGCAUCAAAUGUCUGUCAUGGAAGGAAGCUGACCUGGCUGCUGCAGGAGAGAUUGUUGAUCAAAGGAUAGAUGAGCUGAAUGCGGAUUUGGAUGACAGUCAGCAGUCUGUGGAUCAGUGCUUGCAUAGCCUCAAUAUGAUAAUCCAAGAUAUUGUUAAGAACUGCGUGCCUGUACGAGAGUUCACAGCUAAACAUCGUCCAGCUCCUUGGAUCACACCAGAGUUACGUGACCUGCGCAGGGAGCGUGAUAGGUCCUACAGAAGGUUCAAACGAAGCGGACAUCCAUUAGUGUGGGAGAAUUAUGUGCGUUUUCGACGUCAAUCACAAUUACUCUGGAAGAAGGAGCAAGGGAACUAUCUUCAGUCUGUUUUUUCUAGAGCUGGGCAAACGAAAAACUUUUGGAUAGAAAUGGAUAGGCUAGGCCUUUCAGUAUCAUCAUCAAAGUCACGAGCACCGUUAAAGUUUGAUAUUGAUGAGCUUAAUGACUACUAUGUGGCUAUUAUUCAAGGGAGGAAGCUCCCAUCUUUCGAAGAUUCUGUCGCUAGUGUUGACCGGUCACGUCUAAACGAGUGGUUUACUUUUAGUCGAGCAAGUGCACCUGACGUCGUCAAGCAUCUUCCUGUUGGUUCCUCUCGUGCUAAAGGCGUUGAUAACCUGCCUGUGCAAGUACCGGAUAGCUCAAAUGGUAGAGCAGCCGACAUGUCUUCGGAAGGUUCUGGGUACGAAUCCCAGUCCGAGCUAUCUAAUAUUUUUUUCUCACAUAUUCUAUACACUCACAUUAAGAAGUUCCUCUCCACAAUCCUUUCUCAAUUCUUUCCUACCAAAAUAUCUUGUUACGUGAAUGUUGGAAAGCUUCACGUUAUAUGUAUCCUCAUGUUUAGACUGUAUGACACUGACGGAAACGGUGUUCUUGAUACUAAUGAAAUGGAUUGCAUUGUCAAUCAAAUGAUGAACGUAGCAGAGUACCUCGGAUGGGAUGUAUCAGAAUUAAAACCCGUACGGAGAAAUUUAUUCACCCGGUCAUUCGGUACGAAGUACGGAGCAUUGUGCAGCCGUAAUUCUAUUUAA